UUUUCUUAAAUUUGUUAACUUUAACUAACUUGGCAUGUAUACUUUUAAUUGUUAACUUGUAAAUAUCAUGUUUCUUUUGCUUGUUAAUUGUUGAUGAGUAUAUUUUUUGUAUUUAUUUUAUUUGGAUAUUAUAAAUGCAUGGAUGCUUAAUAUAAUAUGUAUGAUAUUAUGUUUUGCAUGUUAUGAUGAGUAUGGCCCAAAACUAGGAUAGAAAAUACGAUCUGUGCAUCGUUAAAUUUUAUGUAAAUUAAAUACGAUCUGCAUAUCGUUUGUAUUUUUGUAAUUUGAAUUUUAGUUAUUUAAAUUAUAAAUUAUAAAUUAUAUGUAAUCAAGAAUGAAGUUCCAUGGCGAAUCAAAGAUGGAGAUCCAUAAAGAUUCAGGGAGGAAUUCAUGAAGAUUAGUUAUUCCUAGGUUUAGGGGCCAUACUAGGAUCAGUUUUAAUUAUGCUUAUAUUGAUUUAUGCGUUUAACAUGUUUAAAUGCUUGCUUAAGUUUAUAUGUGUGGUUAUUUAUGUUAUCAGUUCCCUUUAAAUUAACCGACAUAGUAAACUUAGGUCCCCAACAUGUAAUAUUGAGUUUUAAUUGCUUUUCCAAACAACACCUAUAACGCCUUAGAUAGUGAGUAAUAAAUUCUGUCAAAGUAGGGCAUCUCACUUUAUCAGGGGAUAGUAGGGUAGGUUUUUUUAAGCUUACAUGUUAAUGUUUGGUUAACACAAAAUCAUCAAAAGACAAAGUUUUGGGUUUUGAAGCUAAGAGAUAGGAGUAAACAAGGAGUUGUUAACCUGUCUACCAAGAAUUAUAAUUAGUUAGUAAGUUGUUUACUUACCUCAACUACUAUAAAUUGGAGACAAGGGCCAAAGUCUGUUUGAUUGUAGUGGGAGGGAUUUUGGUUAUUUAUUUAUUCAAUAGGGGACUUUCAUUUUAAAUAAAGGGUAGUAGUUAAUUAAAAUUUGUUUAAUUGCUGCUUUCUUGAUAAACAUUGAUUAAAUCUUGCUUUAUUAUUCUUUUUGUUGUAGUUAUCAUGUCUGGUUCAAACGACAACACCUCCGAUUUUAAUUUGCGCUAUUUACUCGAAAAAGACAAAUUGAAUGCAAAUAACUUAUUAGAAUGGGAAAUGGCUGUGAGACUCGUUCUCAGAGCCGAAGGACGGGAAAAUGUUCUUGACAAUCCUCUCCCUGAACCCCUGCUAGAUACUGCUACUCCAGCUGAAAGGAGAGCAAGACAAACCAUUGAGGCAAAUUCUAUGCAAGUAACAUGUUUGAUGCUUGCUUGCAUGGAACCAGAAUUUCAAAAACGUUUUAAUGGUCUGGACGCCUAUUCCAUCCUCCAACAGCUGAAAACUAUGUUUCAGAAGAACGCGAGGCUGGAGAUGUUUGAAACUUAUUGUAAGUUGAUGGAGUGCAAGUUAGGCAAAGGAAAACCUGUUGGUCCGCAUGUGUUCAAUAUGAUUGGACAUUUUCAGACCAUGGAAAAAUUGGGCUUCCUUUAUCCCCCAGAACUAGCAAUUGAUAUUGUGAUCAAAUCCUUGCCUGAAAAUUUUCAAAAUUUCCAGUUGAAUUUUUAUAUGCAAGGAGGGGAGGCUACCUUGCAAGAGUUGCAUGGUAUGCUUAUUCAGGCUGAAAGGAGCUUGCCAACUGAACCUAAACAUAAGGAUGUUCUUAUGGUUAGAAAGGGCAAGCAAUUCAAGAAAAAGGGGGCACCUAUGAAGAAGAACAAGGGCAAGGUUGUUGCCUCUAAUGAUAUUUCUAAGCCAAAGGUCACUCCUAAGGAAAAAGUGGCAGCACUACAUGAGUGCUUCCAUUGCCAUAAGAUUGGCCACUGGAAGAGGAACUGCCCCGAAUAUCUAGAAGAUAAGAAGAGUGGUGCUUCAACUUCGGGCACUAAAAAGUAGAACAUUGAGCAAAGGAGAAGUGGACCUCGGCGUGGGCAAUGAAGCAUGAGUUGCUGCUUUGGUUGUGGGAGAUCUAGUCUACUUUUACCUUCUGUUUUAGUAUUAGAACUGCAUAAUUGUUAUUAUGUUCCAACUAUUACCAAGAAUAUUGUUUCGAUUCCUGUUUUGGAUUCGGGAGGUUUUUCAUUUAUAAUUAAGAAUAAUUGUUGUUCUGCUUA